CCAUGAUCCAUGAUCGCGACUUGGGUUCUCUGCAUCACCAACACCAACACCAACACCAACACCACAAACACCACUGUCAACAACAUUUUCUCAACCCGUGACAGAUAUCUAUCUACUUUCACUGCUCUUGAGUAACUUUGUAUCUCUUCAAAUUCGGAGCUUCUUCUGCCUGGAAUCUACCACCAUCUACAAACCUUUUCAAUCCCUUCAUCUUCUGCCUGGCUGCCAUUCGUCCAACCUCGAACCGCAACCCUUCAAUUGCCGCUGCCUGUGAGACGUCACUCACUCGUCUUCUCGCCGGCCCUGCUUGACCUCUCAGCACCUACCCCCAACGCCGUUGUCCCGCAUUCACUCUCACCUUCUGACACCUUUCACUCACCGUGCACCGCACACGCAAACAACCCAUCAAUUCCGACUCUUUCUAUAACAUUCCAUCCACCUGCUUCCCUCUCCACUACUUGCUUCAUGACCUCCCAAACCACCCUUCACCGUACCAUUUCCUUCGAAGCCAAUGCCAGACUCGCCCCUCCAGUCUCAGCCUAUAAUCAAGCCAUGAGUUCCACAAAAGGUGGCCGGAGAAGGAGAUCGAGCAGCAUCAUCUAUCAAGAACCCGCCGAGUCGCUCGAACAGAUCAGUGAUCAAGAAGCCCUACCUAACCUCAAUUCACAAUGGGUCAAUGCCAAAGGAGCCUGGACGAUACAUCCCGUACUAAUCAUCGGCCUCAAAAUCCUGUUUGACAUUCUCCCCGGUGUGACCCAAGAGAUCUCUUGGACCCUGACCAAUAUUACAUACAUGGCCGGUUCCUACCUCAUGUUUCACUGGGUUCGAGGUGUUCCCUUUGAAUUCAACGCCGGCGCCUACGACAAUUUGAACAUGUGGGAACAAAUCGACAACGGAGACCAAUACACCCCGGCCAAGAAGUUCCUCCUAACCGUCCCCAUCGUCCUCUUCCUCCUCAGUACCCAUUACACCCACUACGACCUCGCCUACUUCAUCGUCAAUUUCAUGGCCCUCAUGGCUGUGGUUAUACCAAAACUGCCCCAAUUCCACCGCAUGCGGAUUGGUCUCUUUUCCGAUCCACCCGAAGAAUGAACACCCCCUCUCUCCUCUUUCACAUUCCUUUGGUAUCCCGCAGAAAGCUAGGACAAGGCGGCAUUUGUCUUUGUGAUCAUACAUGGCCUGGACUUGGUUUUGCGUUUUUUCCCCCACGAGUGGGAUCAUAAGCCAUUUUGCCUUAAGCAUGGGCAGGGCAGUUCCAUGAAGGCAAUUGAAUGGGUGCAUUGUGGCCGGUCAGCUCAAGGACGGGGAACGGGGACCAAAAGACAUGGCAUGGCGCCAAUUGCGACGGUGCAGCAGCAGGAACGUUUCCAUUCUUGAGGAACAUGUUUGGCAGUGCGGUGCAGUCAAGUCGGGUCACGUCUGGUCAUGUCCAGCCGCAAGAACUUUCGCAAUGUCAGGAAAAAGAAACUGAUAUGGAGAAAAUUAAAUUGACGCUUUACCUGC